AUGGCGCUUAACGAUGAAGAAAUCGCGAGACUCUAUCGGAUCAGGAAGACGGUGAUGCAGAUGUUGAGGGACAGAGGUUACCUCGUCGGAGACUUCGAAAUCAACAUGUCCAAGCAUGAAUUUAAAUCCAAGUACGGAGAGCACAUGAAGCGCGAGGACCUCGUCAUUAACAAGUCCAAGAAGGACAACUCCGGCGAUCAGAUCUAUGUGUUCUUCCCGGAGGAGGCGAAGGUGGGGGUCAAAACGAUGAAGACUUACACCAAUCGCAUGAACUCCGAAAACGUCUACAGAGCCAUUCUGGUGACUCAGACUAACCUCACUCCCUUCGCCAGAACCUGCAUCAGUGAAAUCUCCUCCAAAUUUCACUUGGAGGUUUUUCAGGAGGCGGAGCUGCUGGUGAAUAUUAAAGAGCAUGAGCUUGUCCCGGAACAUCAGGUUCUCACUGAUGCUGAGAAGAAAACCUUGAUUGAGAGAUACACUGUGAAAGAAACUCAGCUACCUAGGAUUCAGGUGACAGAUCCUGUAGCAAGAUAUUAUGGAUUGAAACGUGGUCAAGUUGUGAAGAUUAUUCGGCCCAGUGAAACAGCUGGAAGAUAUGUUACAUAUAGAUUUGUUGUAUAA